CUUUUGUUUCUGUCUUGCAGAAUGGAGAUGUAUGUAUUUCAAUCCUUCACCCACCUGUAGAUGACCCACAAAGUGGAGAGCUGCCAUCUGAGAGGUGGAACCCUACCCAAAAUGUCAGGACUAUCUUACUGAGUGUAAUCUCUUUGCUUAACGAGCCCAACACAUUCUCUCCUGCCAAUGUGGACGCAUCAGUCAUGUUCAGGAAAUGGAGGGACAGUAAAGGAAAAGACAAGGAGUAUGCUGAAAUCAUAAGGAAACAGGUUUUGGCUACUAAAGCCGAGGCAGAGAAGGAUGGCGUGAAGGUCCCCACUACGCUGGCAGAGUACUGCAUCAAAACUAAAGUGCCUUCCAAUGACAACAGUUCAGAUUUGCUUUAUGACGACUUGUAUGAUGACGACAUUGACGAUGAAGACGAGGAGGAGGAGGAUGCCGACUGUUACGACGAUGAUGAUUCUGGCAAUGAGGAGUCGUGACCUGCUCCCUCUAUGCCCCUGUACUGCCCUGCCGACUCAGGCCAGAAGGGAGCAGCGGUAACCUAGCAGCAGUCCAGCAAAAAAGUGUUGGGGGGGGGAUCAGAAAAACCACAAACUUUUGUCUCCUGCUGUCUCCUGUUGUAUGGAUCUGUUUGCUCCUUUUUUAUGGACCUCUUAGAGACCCUCCACAGAAUGUCUGAAUUCUUGCAUUCUUAACCCUUUCAUCACUGUAUUAUGAUUUCUUUUUAAAAAAGAAACUCCCCUUUCCACUUCUCUACGAAACGUUCACAACGAAACAGGUUUGCUCGCGUUUAGAUUCUUGAAUUAAAUACAGUCUUGCAUUGAGAUGUUUUAAUGUA